AUGGAGCGGGGAGUCAAGGAGUGCUUCGAGUCUCCUAUUUUUAACUGCAACUCGUAUAUCAGAUCCUGCAGAGCGAAACCUUUUACAAUAAAGAAAAACGACUCCCGCUACUCAGAUCCUGAGGAUUUUUAUGUAAAGCAGGACCGUAUAGGCAAAGGUUCUUUCGGAGAGGUAUACAAAGGAUACGAUAAACGGACCCAACAAACUGUUGCUAUCAAGAUUAUUGAUCUUGAAAGUGCGGAGGAUGAAAUUGAGGAUAUACAGCAAGAGAUUCAAAUCCUUAGCCAGCUUGAUUCGGCGCAUGUAACCAAAUAUUACGGGUCGUAUCUAAAAGGAUCGCAUCUAUGGAUUGUGAUGGAAUACUGCUCUGGGGGAUCAUGCUCAGACCUUGCAAGUAUGAAACCAGGAAUUUUUCGGGAAGAGUAUAUCGCAAUCAUAAUACGUGAAUUAUUGAAGGGCCUAGAGUACCUGCACGUCGAAGGCAAACUGCAUCGUGACAUAAAAGCUGCGAAUAUAUUACUCAACGCUUCCGGAGAGGUAAAACUAGCAGACUUCGGAGUCUCUGGGCAGUUAAGCGGGACAUUGUCCGCGAAGAAGAAUACAUUCGUUGGCACGCCAUAUUGGAUGAGUCCGGAAGUGAUCAAGCAGUCAGGGUACGAUCAUAAGGCGGAUAUAUGGAGUUUAGGAAUCACUGCGAUCGAGCUCGCGAAAGGCGAGCCCCCGUAUGCUGAGCUUCAUCCUAUGAAAGUUUUGUUUUUGAUACCCAAAAAUCCCCCUCCUGUUUUGGAAGGCAAUUUCUCAAAGCUUUUCAAAGAGUUCAUAUCGCUGUGUCUUUCUAGGGAUCCUCGCGAUCGUCCAACCGCUCGAGAUCUACUAAAACACAAGUGGAUCAGAAUAGCAAAAAAGACGAGCUACCUAACGGAACUGAUAGAGCGCCAUGAACGGUGGCGUGCGGAAGGGGGUGGGAGACACGACGAGGACGACCGGCGAGGGCACGAGGAACAGGAUGAAGACGAACCAGAAGAGGACAUGUGGGAUUUCGGCACCGUCAGAACUGCUUCACGGAAGCAAACAAUAGGGAAAGGGACGAAUCAUGUGGCGGUAGCCUUGAGCAUGCAAGGGUUGUCAAUAACCGAAGAAGAUAUUCAUCCAAACUCUCACCCGAAAGAUGAACUUUCAACACCUGGGAAUCGUUUCGCUCCCCCCUCAUACUCCCAAACGCACAGCACGAAGGUAGCAGCGGCUCCUUCCUCUCCAGAAUUCAAAGCAGGACCCCCAUAUCAAAGCGGUAGCAUGAUACGCCGUGCAAGGCAAGCCACGAUGAGCAGUACAUCCUCAGGUUCAUCAGCAUUACAGAACCUACCAUCCGAAGAGAUUGUGGUCAAAGGAGAGUUGCCGGGUAUCCCUAGGGUCCGAGCUGCAGGGGCGUCGGCGGACUCACCACAAGGGACAGUGAGAGGUGGCCCCCAUCAUUGGGACGAUGAUCCUGACGAUGAUGAUUUGGCAGUGGGUGAGGGACAGAUUGAUGAUUUGGCCGAUCGAACGAUGUUGGAUUCAGUCAUUCUGCCCAUCAUUGCGUCGUUAUUCCCUCGAGUCAAUACCCAAGAAGCGCGUGUUGCGUUAACAAACUUACAGCGGGCAUUUACAGACGCAGAGCAUAUCAUUCCGGGGUUAGCGAACGAGUUUGUGAACGAAAUCGUGGACUCUGUUGAGCAUGUAGAUGAGUGGGAAACCGCCGCUUCUUCGAGAUGACACAGUUUGAUUGGAGGGUGAAAUUUUUUUCUUGGCUUGCAUUCGUUAGCCAGUUUCUUUUCUUUUCUUUUUUCCAUGGGGCCACUUUAUUUUCCUUCCCUUUAAUUUGAGCAACUGACUUUUCUUGCGUACCGUCAUGCGUCUUUAAUUGAUAAUCAUUGUUUAUUGGUUGUACAUCUCCACCUUCCGUCUUGGUGUAGUUGCGAUAGUCCCUGAGCCAGUACGCGCGUGUUCUUUCAGGGUAGUCACGAUCCGUACGAAGAUGUCACCGCAGCGGAUGUUGGACAGAUUGACGCCCAGUGAGCGGCGGGUGGCGGGGCUUGGGGAAGGAAAUCUUAUCUCAAUAGGCGAAUUUCUUUGCAUCAACCUAAUUUAGGCUGGAAACCACAUGGAUGGGGAAUGAGUAAAU